CAGUGAGUCAGUGCAGUCAGGCCUCCCAAAUGAAGGGUACUGUGCUUUUCCAUCUCUGGAUGCCCAGUUUGGAGCCCUUACAGUGCAAUGGAAAGAGGUGCUGAGCAUCCUGCUGGGCCAUACCAUCACAGACAAGUCAGAGCCAUCAGUGAAAUGGACUCGUGGUAUUUCAGAAAGAAGGAAGGAAAAAGGGCAGCACAGCCUGGAUCCUAGAUGACACAGGACAGAAGAAAGGGAAGUGUUCAUGACUUGUCUUCUGGUCCAAGGCGUGAGGGUGUCUGUCACAAAGUGCAGAAAAAGGAGAGUGGACCUGCAGUUCUGGGAGAAUGGGAGAAGUGGUGUGGCUAGCGGUGUUUAUGGUGGCUUCCAUCAGCUGCAAUGCCCUCCUGGAUCUGUCUGCUGUCCACCAGGUGGAAGGGGAAUGGAUGGGAUCCACUACUUUACCAUGUACUUACAUGCCCUCAGAAGGUUUCACACAGCAAAUACUCACCUGGAGCAUGGAGCGAGACCACAGCACCUCCACCAUCUUUCGGAGGGAUGAAUCUGGAGACCACAUCUUGUUGGCUCGGUUCCGAGACCGGGUCAGUGUCCCAAAGCGCAGCCCAGGGGAUGCCUCACUCCAUAUCACGAACCUUGAAAUCCCUGACAGCGGACACUACACCUGUCAAGUCAUCUGGAGGUCUAAAAAUAACAGCUUGAUAAAAAAGGAUGUGACCACUACAGUUAAAGUCAUCAAAGUGCCAGCGACCAAGCCUACCAUCAGGGCUGGCGCGCUGGGGCUGACGGUGCCAGCGGGAGCCAGGACCAGCCUGACCUGCGUGGCCCACGGGUCCCCACCCAUCAGCUACCGCUGGUUCCGGGCAGUGCCAGGGGGGACAGCCCUGCCGCUGAGCAGCCAGGCCGAGCUGACGUGGGACAGCCUGCGGCCUUCCGACGCGGGGACAUACUACUGCGAGGCAGAGAACAGAGUCGGGGCAGGGGCGGUGCAGCGGAGCGAUGCCGUUGAGCUGGUGGUGAGAGGGUCCCCAGUCACACAGCCACCCACGCCUGGGACCAGCCGGCACACAGGACCCCCACUCACCUCGGAAGGCAGCGAGGCUCCCCGCGUGCUGGGAGAUCUGCCCACAGCAACGCUAUCCGCCAGGAACGAUGUCAUUUCAGAGAGGCCUCCCGCUGCCACAGGGCCGCCGCGGGCCGCGCUCUCCCCGCACCUCUACGCGCUGGCGGCCGCCAUCGGCGGCGUGGCGAUCGGCGGGCUCCUGGCAGCGCUGCUGCGCCGGCGUCGGGCCAAGGCGGAACCCAUCUAUGAAGUUGCUUUCCAUAGCACUGCAGAUGUCACAAGACUGGACACUGAUGCGGAAGUACCUGUUCAGAGCCUAAAAGAGAAGAUAAAUUUGGAGGCUGAAACAUCCUAUGAAAUUGUCACCACGAAAGACAACAACUAUGACAAUGUAUGCAAGGGGAAAAAUCCUGAGUAUGAGACCCUUUUGACUUCCAUGGAAUCAGAAUAUGAAGUGCAAAACUUUUAGUAGAGUACCACAUUUCCACAUGAGCAGCUGUACAGAAGAUGGGGCUGCAGAUAUUGAAUGGUAAACUUUACCAAGGGAAACUAUUCUUCCUGCCUGCCUUCUCCUCUGAUAAAUAUACCAGUCUUGCUGCCUUUUUUUUUUUUUUUUUUAAAUCCAGGGGAACUGCAUAACCUUCUUAGUCUUUGGCAAAUGAGUUCCUUCCCAUUGGUGCACAAACCCUCAGCCAAGUGGUUAUCUACCUACCUACUUUUAUUUUUUUAUAUAGAAAAUCAUUUCUGAGCAGUCUCCAGGUCAAAAUGUUGCUGAGUGUAACACUGUUAGCUAAUAACACCAGCAAGAUGGACUCUCAAGUGCAUGUUCCCCUGUUAGGACAUGCCGGAGGGUGGGGAGCCAGGAAUUGUGCUAGAAAUGGAUGUCCCCUGGAUUUUACAGUUCAGCAAAUACUGGUUGUACAGAUUGUUUUUUUCCUUGAGUCUUUUUUAUUAGAGGAUAGUAAGGGGACCAUAGAGAUGGUUGAUAUGCCAGGAAUAUCACUUUUGCAAUCAAACUGGAAACGGCCCUGUAGGUGAUGAACCUCUUAACUGCCACCUUGUUUUUCUCCUGGUGUUGAGAAAAAAACGGUAACAUUUUAAUUUUCAAUGUGGAAGACAGAGGCAUGAUUAAAUAGAAGCAUUGCAGAGAAAGAUUUGAGACAUUUGUAAUAGUAAUUGUUCAAGGAACCUCCCUGGACUCAACAGACUGGCACUGAUUUGCUGUGUGGGACAUGACACUGGUUCCAGUCUGGUUACAACUGUGAUAGUUAUGCUGACCUACAUUAUGGGGAUGCUGUGAGCAUUCAUGUUUGUAAAAAGCCUUGAAAAGUGCUUGGUUAGUGCAAUGUAAUUUCUUUCCCAGGGCAAAUAUGAAAUGCUUCAAAGGAUUUUUCAUAGAAUCAUAGAAUAUCCCAAGUUGGAAGGGACCCAUAAGGAUCAUCAAGUCCAACUCCUGGCACCACACAGGUCUGUCCAAAAGUUUAGACCACGUGACUAAGUGCACAGUCCAAUCUCUUCUUAAAUUCAGACAGGCUUGGUGCAGUGACUACUUCACUGGGGAGCCUGUUCCAGUGUGCAACCACCAUUUUGUGGCAUAUGGAUUCUGACUUCCUUGUUUUACCAUCCAGUGCCUUCAUUUUUCUGAUGCCUGCAAAUUUAUGCUUUUGCUCUGUCUUCUCGUUUAGUUCUGCAGAGCAGGUAGGGAGGGGUACAGUCAUGGCCACAGUGUGACUUGGAAGUCUGAGUUGAGUUUAACCUUUCAAACAGGAGAGGACAGAAGGGAGACAUCGAGUCAGCCCACAUCAGACUGCUCUCACCACUACAGCCCUCACCACACCCCAGAAUGGUACAUGUCACGGUUGCGGUGCUGCCUCCACAUGCACAUUCACAAGCUUGCAGCCACCUACUGCUGCAGUGUGAGCACAGUAGGGUACAGCAGCAGUCUGUUGGAACAGUGAUGACAGCAGACAGACCUGAAGCCAAUGGAAGAACUCCCAUUUCAGUGAGUUUGUUAGAACCAGCAAUGCUCGAGCUGAGCAAGUUUAGGGCUGAAGGGUUUCCAUUAGCGCUUUUCUUCCAGAUGCUUCAGCUAGCUCUAGUUUUUUGGGAAUGCACCACCCACAGUAGGGAGGUAAAUGUAAUGCUGCUACAUCACUGUCAGAGGUUAGAAGGACUCUGAGGAUGCUUAGUACUAAGUCUUCCUUCACUGCCAGUGGAAGGCUGAAAUACACUCAAGAGUCUGAGAAGAGAGGUCAUCUAAAGGAUAUAAAAAAUUGCCUGUGAUUUAGCUCAAGCAUUAGAAUCCUUAACUUUCAUGUCAUAGCAUUGCUCAAUACAUUUGUCUGCUCUAAAAAGCAGUUAUUUAAAAAAAUGUUGUGCAGCUCCCUAUUUAUUGUUUCCUCAAGGACUUGAACAUUUUCUUCCCAGCAAAAAACAGCUGUUUUCUACCAGUC